AUGGGGCGCUACGAUUGUCCUGGACUGUCAGAAAUUCCCAGCUGCUUCAUCCGACCCAUUGUGUGUCUUAAGGGUAAGUAUAUAAGGCUAAUUACAGCUGAUUAUUGCCGUUGACAUAAGGAACUAAAGUGCUAAGGGCCAUUCACUUUGUCUGCAGGACACGCUCCUUCCCUUGAUUCUUUCUUUGGACAGCCUGAAGAUAUAAUAUGUCUACUGACAUAACUGGCCUUGUUACCACCGGGGGUACCAUUGUUAUCUUACCACUUUUAGAACACAAGGCAGAACACCCAUUUUCCUGUGAAAAAUCUGGCACUGAUUCUGUUGCAAGCUAUGAUUCGCAAUGAAAGCUUGGGAAGAGCAGAAACAUUGCCUUUGUUGUGCACCAAUAAAUUCCAAUCAGACUAACCUUGAAGACCUAGCUUGCUGCAUAUUUGAUCUAUUGAGCUUGGUCCCCCAUUGCUUUGUGGAUCAAGCUCAUCCACUUAAUGUGUGCCAUUCCCCUUGUCCUUGUCUUUGACCCAUCAAGCUGGGUUUAUCCUGUGCCCAGUCUACAGCUUAUCACAUUCAAAUAUAAAACUAAAGCUGUAAAUUGUUUCACACAGUGACAAAGUGAUCGAUAACUCAGACUCAAAGCAUGCCAUAUUUUAUUCCAUGUGACAAAUCUCUGGUACAAUUAUGAUUUGUAAAUAUAUUUCACAAAUGAUGAUUUGUGAAUAUAUUUACAAAGGUUUUUUUCCCUAUUGUUACAUAUCUAAGUGAAGCCUCCAAAUCCCUGUAAAGUUUGUACUACUGGAAUUUAGAGCAUAUAGCAAAUUUAUUUGGUAUGAAACAUUUUAUAUUCUGCACAUAUGUACUGGAGAGAUAUUUUACAAAUGUUGCUGGAUCGUAUUUCUUUUCAUGGAUUGUAGGUAACAAAGACAGACAGGUGUCCUAAGAGUAGAUUAAAUAUCACAUUUACACCCAUGAAUGUGUUGGAAAAAGCAUGUAUGUAGGGUGUACCUGAUUUGUAAGGAUGAUGUCAUUGUGAGAGGACAUUUUCCAACUUAAGGGCAAGGUGUGUUAGAUGUAAUGGCUGGAAUUCUGACGUCAAUGGCAGGUGUUGGAGGGGGCCUUACAUAACAGUACCAAAUAUAAAUUGGGGGUGUGAUGAGGAGGGAAAAUCAGACGAUCAAACCUUUAUAAGGUAUGUUGUAAAAGCGCUAGGAAGAUUUUAAAACUGAGAAAAAGUAUCAAAUUGAAAACAUGAAUAUUUAUUACCUUCUUUGUGCAGCCUUGAUAGUUAUUAAGCUUAAUGUUGCGGUUGUGGUGGAGACAAAGGGUGGAGGUAGGCAAAUAGAUUCUGGAAAAAGAUUGCAAGGAUCUAAAGAUGGUAGGACAUCUGGAAAAUUUGUUCAGAUGGUUAAGAAGAGAUCAGCAAUGGAUGGUUGGACAGAUUUGGAUGAUACUGAUGAGGUUGGUUGGAGUAACAAACGUGGAGACAGUCAUGAACCGAGUAUGAAGAACAAAAAUUCGCAGUAUGACCAUCCGGAGAAAAAACAUGGCAAGUUCAAUAUGGACAAGGUAAGAAAAUGACUGUUUUCCUCUAUAGAUUUUUCAUUAUAAAUUAGUAGAAGGACCAGUCCCUUUUGGUCUGCAGUGGUCUGGCCACUAAGAAUGAGGAUAUAUUUGCUGUUACAUGCAGAAUGUAGACACUUUUUUCUUGCCUACUACAAGUGCCAAGUAGAAGAGCUGGUUUUACAGGGUGAGUGGUAAUAGACUGAAAUGGGUAGAUGAUCAUUUUACUUGCAUAAUAUGACAGACUCCUGCCUACAUGUCCUCAUUUUUAAACAUAUAGUUUACUAAACAAAUGCCAGGCAAAUGUCUAGAAGUAUAUAAACAGCCAUAAGAGUGUUUUAAGUGGGACCACAAUAUGGGAGAUUAUUCCACUGGUUCUUAAUAAACAUGUCCUUUAGAUAUGCAGUUGUAAUAGAAAUGAUUCAACCCCCAUUCAAAACCAGGUUAUCAAAAUUUACAGACCGUCCGCUGUUUGUAAUGAACAAAUCAAACAAAAGCAAUUGAAAUAGCUGAACUGAGAGAUUUCCUCAAAUUAAACUGAGAAUGCAACUUAUAAUGACUUCUCCAGUCUCAAAAUUAUUCCACCCCCUGAAUAGAAUCAUCCACAACAGCACAAAUAUGCAAAACAGGUGAUAUCUAAUGAACACCUGAUGCAACUAAUGAAGAUCUUCAUUAGUUGCACCAGGUGUGCUUGAGCUGGAACACUUCAAAUACCUGAAAUGAUUAGGGGUUUGUUGAGUGUCACAUUGACUGCACAUUAGAACUAUGGAUAAGUCUAAAGAAUGGUUUACAGAGUUAAGAGAUGAGAUCAUUGCCCUUCACAAACAAGGAAUAAGAUACAAAAAGAUAGCGAAAGCACUGGAAGUGCCCAGAGACACAGUUGGAAGCAUAGUUUGCAAGUUCAAAGUUGAAGGAACAGUGGUUACACUAUCUGGAUGGGGCAAAAAAGGACGCUAUCCAUGGCUGCAACCAGAUUUCUGAGAAGGCAGGUUUUGAAAAACCCUCAAGUGAACACAAAAGACCUGAAGCAAGACUUGGUUGCAGCAGGCACUGGGGUUUCAGUGAGCACAGUAAGGCGUGUUCUAAAUGCAGAAGGUUUCCAUGGCAGAAUCCAAAACGUACACCACUUCUGACCAAAAAGCACAAGAAAAGUCAGCUCCAAUAUGCUCAAAAUACUAUUAAUAAGACACAGAAGUAUGGGGAUUUUGUUUUGUGGAGCGAUGAAACAAAACAGAAUUUUGUUGGACCAAUGGAUCAGCGAUUUGUCUGGAAGAAGAAGAAGAAUGAAGCAUUUGCUGAAAAGAGCACUCUCCUUACGGCCCCAGAGCAUCACCGAGCCACUAGUGGUGGCUCGGUGAUGCUCUGGGGUUGCUUUGCAUCCUCUGGCACUGGAAACCUGCAGCAUGUGGAAGGCAAGAUGGAUUAAUUGAAGCAUCAGGAAAUCCUAGGAGAAAACCUCAUGCCAUCUGUAAAGGGAAGCUGAAGCUUCCAACAAGACAAUGAUCCCAAGCAUACCUCAAUUUCCAUUAAGGUUUGAUUGCAGAAGAAGUCCUGGAAAUUUCUACAGUAGACAUCAAAGUCACCUGACUUGAACCCCAUAGAAAAUCUCUGGUGGAAUCUGAAGAAGGUGGUUGCAGCAUGCAAACCCAAUAUUUUUACUGAACUGGAGACAAUUGUUCAUGAGCAAUGGGCUAAGACUCCUCAGGAACGCUGCCAGAAGCUGGUGUCUGGCUAUGCAUCUCAUGUGCAGCAGGUCAUAACAGCAAAAGGGUGCUCUACUAAAGAUGCUUACCAUGAAGGGAUUGAAUAAUUUGAGACUGGAUAAGUCUUUAUAAGUUUCAUUUUCAGUUGAAUUUGGGGAAACCACUUGAAGCAUUCACUUUGUUGAACUAUUUAAAUGGCUUUUGUUUAAUUUGUUGAUUGCAAACAACUGAAAGUCUGUAAAUUUUGACAAUAAACUUGAUUUACAAUGGGGGUUAAAUAAUUUUGAUUACAACUGUAUAUAAUAUUCAAAUGUAAAAAUUUAAAUAUUUAUUUAUAUCCUACAAUUUAUAGCACUGGAUAUAGGACUUUCUAGCCUGGAGAUACUCAUGUUGUCAUUGGUAAUAGAAGUGACUUUCUGUGCACACCUCUUCAGACUCAAUGCAUACUUUAGGUUGAAGUUAUCCUGGGUGGGGUAUUCCAUUUUUUUUUCUUUUUUACUAUAGAAAUAACAAUUUUUGUCCCUCGUUCCUAUUUCUUUCCUACAAAAAACAGUUUUUAAUAAUGUCAUGAUUUAUAUUUCUGUGAGUAGUAGUUCCCUUCAUAAUCUUCUGCAGAGAGAGUGGUCAGUUGAGCUGCAACUCCCAGAAACCCCUGCUAUGUCCAUAAAAAACUGCAUAAAAGCUUGGCAUUGCUAGAGUCAGUUAAAGGAACAUGAAUGCCUGGUUGGUUGACUGUCUGGUUUGGUAAUUGCACCAGCUGCACAGCCUAGGAUCUUGCAGCAAAUGCAGAAACCUCGGGACAUGUAUUUACUUUAUUUUGCAAAUACCUUUUUAUUUCAGCCAAAAAGAAUGGGUAAAAUCCUCCCUGGAAUGUACAUAAAACCAAAUAAAUGUAAUAUCUUGGUUUCAUGAACAAUUUUCCUCAUAUAUGUAGAGAGUGGCCUAGUAUACCAUUUGAUUUGGUUAUUAUUAUUUUUUUGCUGCAUAAGCGCUGUGUUAUUACAACUGUGUAAAGAAACAUACUGUAUAUGCGCAGUGAGAUGAAGGGGAGAUUAUAUAAAGUCAGAGUACAAAUGAUCCAUGCCCUUCCUUCACUCCAUGUGCAGUCUGGUUGAUGAGUUGUUUUUAUUUAAAUCCCCUACCCAUUGUAGAUGUGAGAAAGCUUCUUGCUGUGUGAUUUUUGUAUAUUUACUCAUUGUUCCUGUCCUUUCAACACCAGAGAAGAGAGCAGCACAUGGUUCGCUUUCCUCUAUGUCACAGAAUGGGACAAUGUUUGUCCUGGCGUGCAUGCCCACUGUAGUAAGCAGUAAAAAGCUAGUGAGACUUUACUCAAGGACAGAAAGCUACAAGUAGCUAUCUAGUGGGUGAUAUGUAUUACAUUUUCUAUGGUUUCCUUUUCAGUAGUUUGCUCCAUUUAAUAGCUCAGAUAUAUUGCCUGAUGGAUCUCAUCGUGGUGUAGGCUUGCUGCAAUGGUCUAGACUCUAGUAAAUUAAACUCCUUUGUUGUAUAGUCUCUAUUCUCAGGAGAACUUGGCUUAGGUAUUGGAACAGAGUUAAGUUUAAGAUUUUUUUUUAAUUUGUGGGAACCGAACUAGUUUGGUUGCAAUAAUCCUUUCAGUUGGCAGACACAUGUAAACCAAUAACACACUCUGCUUUCUGUCCCUUUGAUUUCAAAGCGCAUUGGAAUAUUUUCAGUCAUACUUUUGUCUUUUUCAGUCUUCAUGUCGUGCGGUCACAGCUCGUUCCUGCCAGGAGCCCUCAGAUUGUGCUGGAUGCUUUGGUUUGUUCACCUGCCAAAUGCCACAGGGAAAAUGCCAUCUGAAAGGUGUAUCCAGAAGAACAGGUACCAGCAGAAAUUAG